AUCUUGUCGGCUAUAAUGAGCUAUAACAUUUAUGUGCAAUUUUUCAAAUAAACAAUCAUAUAAAUACUUUCUAGAGAUGUUAAAGAAUGUAUGUAGGAGAUAACGCUUAAUAAUUUUUUUACACCUGUAAGAUUAUUGAAAAAUAUGAAACGACUCAUGGUAGAUAAUAAAGAUGUAAAGAAAAUGUGUAUUCGAGUAUUAAACAUUUUAAGGUUAUCAAAUAACAUUAUUAAAUGAUUGGAAACAUGCUUCAGAGUAUUAUGGUUACGUUUCUUAUCAAGCAUUGAAAACAAUUGAAAAUCUAUACUUUUCGUAAUAUUACACAAUUUUACUUUGGCAAAAAUUUUAUUUUGGUGCCGCAAUCGCGAGAACAAUCACGACAAAUGCAGAAAACUCUCGCUUUGGAACAAAUUUUACUUCUCGGCGUGCAAUACAAUUCGAGAUUUAAUAUCGAAUUUCUGGUGAGAUUCCACCGACGUGUUUUAUGAAUGACGCGAAACCUUAGCGGCGCCAUAUGCACGUGCCAUUACACACUUUUUUUCGGUUAAUUAAUCGUGCAUUAUCGUGCGCUCGUAACCCACUUCCACCGCCAAUAAACGGUUUCUUUAGUCCACUUUAGAAGGCAUUCUUGAAAUAAAAAGAAUAACAACAAAAUAAAAUUCUAGACGGAAAAACGAUAUCAAAACUUUAAUAGAGUAGAAAGUGGUAUCAUAAUCUUUGUAUAGUAAUCACUAAUAUUUUAUUAGAUGACGAAUUCUAGUAAUUAUUUGUUUAUGAAAUUAUUUGUUUGUUGCCUGUCGUUAUGCAGUGACGCUAAUCUGUUAAUAUAUAAUAAUUGAAAUUUGUUAUAAAGUAUAUUUACUUUUUACUUUUAAACCUUCCAAAAUUUAUUAAGAUGCAUUUUGAUUGCAUAUUUCCUCAUUCUUUUAAAAGUUGUUUUAUUAAAUAAAUAUAUGUAUGUUUGAGUCUUUUAUAUUUAAUAUUUUAUUUAGCUGUGUGUUUAUAGUCAAUUACUGAUAAUAUCAAUUAUAUUAUUAUUUUACAUGUUUGUAACAUUUUGAAAUUGUCUUGUUUAAAUCCAUUUUUAGAGAGAAGAUUUAAUCGAAAAUAACUCUUAUAAUACUGACUUAUAAUACUGACUAAUUAUAACAGUAGAAGUAUUAUAAAAAUAUUAUAACGAACAAUAUAUUAGCUAAUAAAUAAAACAAACGCAUAGUCAAAUUACAUUCAAAUUCAAAUUAUGGAAUUCAGACACUCGCAAGUAGUGUCCAUAACCAUAAAACCCAAGCAAUAUAAGUUUAUACGUCAAAUGCAUGUGCGCAUUACGUCAAACAUUCAAUUAUGUCAUUUGAAAGCCAUAUUCCAGCCCUUCAAAUCACACUAAAGUUAAAAGAUUAAUGCCCGACACAUUUCUCAAAAUAACGUAAAAACACAUCUAUAAAACUUUCGACUGUCUGCAAUGCAGCUGAAAUGCGACUCAAAUGCAGCUUUUACGACAGCACAAUAAACAUUUAGUGGCCAUGUUAUAACGUGUAUAUAGUUUAAAGAAGUAAUUUAGACGAUUAUUUCUAACAUUCAGUGUACAAAGUGUACAAAAUAUCAUGAAUACCAUAAUCCCACGUCUAGUCUAUAACUGUCUCCUCUCCUCUAUCGCGAUCAUAUUUCUCUCUCUCUCUCUUUUCCGACGCGUGUAAUCGCAACGCUCGUUAAAUAUCGCGAACCUCAUUGUCCCCUGCGCGAAACGAUUUCACUCGCGCGGGCCGCGAAAGCGAGGUGAUGUUCCACGUUCUCGCGGCGUAUCGAUAAUCUCCGGGAGAUUAUUUGUAGAACAUCUUAAUUUCACAAUAACGGGAGUUAUGAAAGUACUGUAACUUUUGCCUAAAUCACGGGAGAAAAUCGAUCGUAACGCGGCGACAGCGAUCUGGUGCGUGAAGUACGAACGGGGAAAAGGCAAGAAAAGUCUGCGGUCGCGCGUCUUCCCCGGGGCGAAAUGGAGCGGCGCGGGAUCUUACUCGCUCGAUUCUUUCGUGAAGCGUGAAAUUCCUCGCGUCAAGCAAGAAGAGCGAGCUAGCGAGCGAGCGCGCGCUUCGGAAAUCGAACUUGACCCUGAAAGUUUCGCCGGUUCGCUUUGACAAUCGAACGUCAGGAGAGAAAGGCGGAAAGCCGGCGUGCGAGAAUAUUCGAACGUCAAUUUGCCCGUCAAUCCGCUCAUUGACGCAUUGAACGUUCUACUUUUACUUCAAAGUAACAUGUUUUUCGCAACAGUCGACCCAAAACGUAACUUAUUGCUUAUUUACUUGCGGAACAAUUAACCAUAGAACGGAACUUUGCACAAGUUACAUCAUCUUGCGUGCCAAAAGUACUUGUGCAAAAAAGAAAAUUUUGUUGAGAUUUUUUGACAAUUGUAAAGAAUGAUUCUAUUUUUAAUAACAAAUUGAACAAACUAUAAAAAAACGUAUAAUUAAUUAAAGAUAUAACGUCAUUCGCGCACAACUUUCACAGUUUAUUUAAAUUAUUAACAACAUUUCCAAUUGCGUUUUAAAUACCUUGCAGGGACUGUACGUGCGAUACAUCCCGAACGGCGAGAAGUUAGCCGCGGAAUUCGCGCGCUUGAAUGCGCGACUUACUUUGCUUUGUUCACGCCCACGCGUUGCGGUGUUUAUCCAGUCACGCGCGAACUCGUCGGUAACGAAAAUCAGAAAACAAUUCGCUCGACGCAAUGCAGCCGUUAUUCGACUUGUGCGUGAACGACGUAGACGAUCUGCUGCCACACAUGAAGAGACAAUUAAUGUCGGGGAACGCGCAGGUACAACGGGAGAUCCUCAAGUUCCUGAGGGAGACCAAUGAAAAACAGAAAAGCUGCGUCGUGCGAAAGCUCGUCAAAUUCGACGUGAUAUCUACGAUGUGCGACACCAUGCAGACGUCGGACGAGGAUUUCGUAAAAAUCAUUCUCGAGUGCUUUGACAUCAUGAGUCCUCAUAGAGAGUUUUACGAAAAUCAAGCGGCCCUGAUAGCUAUACAGGCGAUGUUGAGACUCAGUUAUUGCAUAAGUAAAUCGUACAAAGUCUCAACAUUGUUCGAGAAACUUAUACAGGGCAUUUCCGACAUACUUGUCAGAUCGCUAAAAUUAGAUGUGAGUUUCGACACCAGCUGCAUCCUGCAACAAAUUGUUCUUUUUGUAAAGAAUUUGAAUAUCGAGGAUGUGCAAAAGAUUAAGCUAAAAUUUGCGGCUGUCACAAUGUUAAAUGUCGUCUUGCAAAAACAAACGGCAUUCGAUGAAAAUACCGAUGCGAAUAUGAUCAUCGACAUCUGUCACGAUGUAAUCAAGUCAAUGACAAAAAUUGUCAAAUGCGACGACGAGGACGACACGAUUUUGUUCGCCGCCGAUUUAUUAUGCAGUACCUGCGCCAGCAGUUCUCGGUUUUGCUUUAUGCAAGACUCGAUGGAGACGAAUGAAACCGAGUCUAAAAUUUGCGAGAAAAAAGACGAUCUCGAAAUUUACGUAUAUAAUACUAUAAUGUAUGUAAUCAUACCGUACGUUAAGGACGCAAACUUGUCUCGUCUGGAUUCGAUUAACUUUCAUAGAAAUCUCGUCUCAUGUCUGAAUUAUUUAUAUCAAUUAAAAAAUUGUAAUAAAGACAAUUUGUCAAAUCACUUGACUGCCAAUGGUUACUUAAAGCGGUUCUUAUACUUGACUGUGCGGGUCCCAGAUAAUUUACGAAGGAGCACCUGCCUAUUACUAACACGGAUCCUAAGUAUUCUCAGUAAAACGGUAUUUUCUAUAUACGACACGACGACGUUUGCAAAUAUUUUGCAACAAAGCCUCCUUGAGUUGCCGAAAGAUCCGACAAAAUGGAAUGACCAGAUAGCAGAAAAAAAUAGACACGGGUCGACCCUCGUAAUUUUGCUAUACUAUCAUUUUCUUGGCACCCAAGAGUAUGAAGAAAAUCUAUACUUUAUUAGCUUGUUUUAUUUCAAUAUUACAAUUUCUAUAUUUCCCUUACUCUUUAGAAACGACGUGAUAUCUUUAGAAUCGUUAACUGCCAGAAUCAUGCUACUACCAAUAUCUGUGCCAAUUUCCGUUCCGAUUUUAAAGCCCUUAUGGCUACUGUUUGCUGUAACAUCUCUGUCUCAUUCGCGUCCUAAUGCAGUGUACAACUAUGAAAAUGCGAUCGACCAGAUGACGAAGAUCUUGCUACAUUCGGAGAUCAACAAAUUCUAUACCCAUCAUAUCAAUCUUCUGCAUUAUUGUCUCAAAUGUCCGUACAUUUCACCAAACUUAUUACAACAAGUUUUAAAUUUGUGGCUGAUAGAGUCCGAUGGCGAUAUCAGGCCACUAUCGUUCAAUUACACUAAAGUCGUUGAACAUUUAUUGAACACCAUACUUGCCGGUUGUCCCAAACAUAUUGUCGACAUUGCUGUAAAAGGAUUACAUUAUUUUGUGCAAAUCAUCAAAGACGACGAACAACUCACGGAACAAGUCGCGGAUAUUGUAUGGCGUGUAUUACCUGAUCUCCUUUCAUCGUAUCAAGCAGAUACUGCCAUGCAUAUAGAGAAGAUUCUGGAAUUGACCAGUAUUAUCCGACCAUCCACAAACAUACCGUUGUUUUUCCUAAUACGAACCGCCAAUAAUAUUACCAGUAUUAUAUUGACGAAGAAUAGGGAUCCGAAAUUCGUGAGUUUAGUUUUAACACAGGCGUACACCUUGUUAGACGUCGCUAUGUCGUGCCAGUUAUUUAAAGUGCUUGAAAUAUACAUACAGCAAUUUCAGUUAUUACAACUUUUAUACGACUAUGGAUUUUCAAAACAAAGAUCACAAUUAUCCACCGCUGGUAUAAAACUGCUUACAUUUAUUAUUUCUUGUCAAAAAAAGUCAUCAGUAAAGUGCACAAAGCCGUUGACGAUCAAAAUAACAAAUUUGGUUGACCUGUUCAGAUACGCAAGAAAGUCACCGUGCUGCAUAAUGAACGGAAUGCAAUUUAUAUGCGAAUUGUUAACAUUAAAUGAUAAUGGCUCAGCUGUCGUUUUAAAAUAUAUCAUGAAUGAUAAUAACAAUAUGUAUCUACUUGAGCUUUAUGAAAGUCUCCAGACCAUUCAUGCACAGAACCAUCCGAUGUUGCAAAAUAUGGUAUAUCAAAGUUUAGUAACGCUAUUACAAUUUUGUAAUACUAAAGCAAACACAUUAAUGCCUUAUUUUUGCACCGCAAUGAGUACUUGCGAUCUUAUUCUUAAUAUAAAUAUGGAGUGUUUAUCGUGUCACGAAUUCGUCAUUUUGUGGCUUAAUUAUCGCAAAGCAAAUGCUGAGGAUGUACCGUGGGACAUUGGAGCGCUGUAUAAGACGCCCUUUGAUGAAGUUUUAGAUAAGCUUCAAGAAUAUUUAGUAUUCCUUAAAAAUAAAGAAAUGAAAGACGCUUAUCUAAAUUUACAAAGAGCGGUAAGCAUAAUUUUUUGACAACUUAAAAUUAAUUACCCACAUUCCGUAAGAUUAAUAUUUUAAUUAAUUAAAAUAUCCAUUUUAUCUCUUAUAUCCAUUUAUAUACAUUUUCAUAUUUUUGUU